GAAGCACAUCCGGUGGUAGGAGAGCAGGCUGGGCUCCUGAGCGGAGGGUCAGAAGUACAAGGGCCUCUCACUGUUGUGGCCUCUCCCAUUGCAGAGCGGACGGACGCACAGGCUCAGCGGCCAUGGCUCUCGGGCCCGAGAGCCAUGGCCCAGCCGCUCCGCGGCAUGUGGGAUCUUCCCGGACCGGGGCACGAACCCAUGUCCCCUGUGUCGGCAGGCGGACUCUCAACCACUGCGCCACCAGGGAAGCCCAAUCUUCUGAGCACAAGUAGUUGAGACUAAGAUAGAAAACUGAGUGGAGGCUGUGUCCCACAGACUCUAGCGUCAUGAACAUAUUUGAUCGGAAGAUCAACUUUGAUGCACUCCUUAAAUUUUCCCACAUAACCUCCUCGACACGGCAGCACCUGAAGAAGGUCUAUGCCAGUUUUGCCCUCUGCAUGUUUGUGGCGGCUGCCGGGGCCUAUGUCCAUGUGGUCACCCAUUUCAUUCAGGCUGGCCUGCUCUCUGCCUUGGGCUCCCUGGGGUUGAUGAUUUGGCUGAUGGCAACACCUCAUAGCCAUGAAACUGAGCAAAAAAGACUGGGACUUCUUGCUGGAUUUGCUUUCCUUACAGGAGUUGGCCUGGGCCCUGCUCUGGACUUGUGCAUUGCCAUCAACCCCAGCAUCCUUCCCACCGCCUUCCUGGGCACAGCAAUGAUCUUCACCUGCUUCACCCUCAGUGCACUCUAUGCCAGGCGCCGUAGCUACCUCUUUCUGGGAGGUAUCUUGAUGUCAGCCAUGAGCCUGAUGCUCUUGUCUUCCCUGGGGAAUCUUUUCUUCGGAUCCAUUUGGCUUUUCCAGGCAAACCUGUAUGUGGGGCUGGUGGUCAUGUGUGGCUUUGUCCUUUUUGAUACUCAACUCAUUAUUGAAAAGGCUGAAAAUGGAGAUAAAGAUUAUAUCUGGCACUGCGUUGACCUCUUCUUAGAUUUCGUUACUCUCUUCAGAAAACUCAUGAUGAUCCUGGCUAUGAAUGAGAAGGAUAAGAAGAAGGAGAAGAAGUGAAGUGACCACGCGGCCUUCCCCAAUUUGACUUCCUCUCCCUCCGCCCCUCAUUUCCUCUUUGCACACAUUACAGGUUGCGUGUUCUGUGAUAAUGAAAAGCAUCAGAAAAGCUUUUGUACUUUGUGGUUUUCUCUAUUUUGAAUUUUUUGAUCAAACAACUGAUUAGCAAAAUAUAGUUUGGAGUUUGGCUUCAUAUUUUGGGGUUCUUCCCUGCUCCCUUUUCUGUCAUCCCCCAUCCCUAGCCUCUUCCUCUGCUCAGGCAGCCAGUCCUCCGUGACGAGGAGCGGGAUCUGGAGAGGAAGCAAACUCGAGGAGCCCGCUUUGCGACUGAGCUUCACCGAGUGGACCUGAACUGUUUGGUAGAGACGCCUUGCUCGGCCCUUCUUCCCUCAGCGUUGUUUGCUUUACGCGCAUUUCCUUUGGGACUAGGCAGUGUGUUUUCCAUUGGAAAGACGUUUGCUGGUCCCAUUGUUACUCGGGCUCAUUAUGUCUGAGCUGCCAACUCCUACAGAGUACGUGAAAAGCCUCUUCUGGUGGAUGCUUUGCUUCCCCUGAGCUGCCCGAGUCACUGCUGGUCUGGCAGACAUGCCUUUCUGCCUUGCUGUCACGAAAGGAGUGUGGAUUUGUGUGGGUUCCCUUUCCAAUCCCUUGUCUGGCCCUCGGAAUCUGCCUGCUUCCCAUCCGUGGGGUGGGAGGGUUUCAUCACAAAGGGAAAUUCUUGUCAGGCAUCUAUGAAAUGGCUGAUUAUGUAUGGCAAGAUAUAAUGUAGAGUUCCCAGACUUCCCCUUUUUUUUGUUAAAUUGAUCACUCCCUUAGUUACUGAGUGGCCUCUACCAGGUGGCUGUGACGAAGGGUACCGGGAGAGGAAGGAUAGAGAAGGGGCACGGCUGAGCCUCUGAGGCAAUUGUGACUAAUCCUGCCAGACAGACCCAGAUGAGGACCUGUUUGGGGCAGGAGAGAGUAGUAUCUCCCCCAUUAACUGAGUGGGUCUUUGUUCACACCAGUGGCAUGGGCCGUGAUGGCUUGGGAGGCAGCAUUCAUAACAGUCCUUAGGUGCAUUUUUGUCUUAUCUUGGGCACUAGUAGGUAGUGUCGGGCCAGAGAUUUGGGGCAGUAGAUAAAUGUCCAUUUUACAGAUGGCACUUCAGGUUUUGGUCUGUUCACCUGUUUCUAGAAAUCUGCAGCCUUCUUUAGGCAGGGGCUGGGCGACCAAAGCCUGCAAGACUUCUGCUUUCCUACAGCUCUGUGUUUGCAAGUGUAGGGGGGGCAGUACUAAUGGGGUCACCAGCUCCUUCCCUGUGAGCUGCCACAGCCAGCUGGCACAGAAGGUCAGGCAGCCUUGGGAGCAUUUGUGGCUCUGGCUACUCACAGGGCUUCAACGUAAGGGGAACGGAGCCAUCGAAAACUCAUUGCUAGUAGGAUACCAUUUUUGGCUUUCCCUGUUCACAACCAGUACACAGUUUGACCCAGUGGCUACUGGUUCACAGCGCACCACAUCGCUGUGCCAUCCCAUGAAAACAGUUUUGUUCCCAGGCUGUGUGAUUCCUGGAGUGGCAUGCCACUCGGAAUGGCUCGCUUCUGCAGAGGAUGCCGCCCUCUGAUUUAGCUGCUGUCUCCAGCCUGUGGCUUGAGAAUUUACUAAAAGGGAUUUCCUUCCCAUUCAGCCCCCAAUAGCAACUCUCCAUACAUUUGUUGAUUGUCUGCUAGGCCUGAAAAUCUGGGUUACAUUUCCUGAAGCCAAACUCCACCUCUUGUGCUUUUUUUGCUUGGGAUGAAGGAGUUUUUCUUUAGAAACAGUGCCAAGAAUGACAAGAUAUAAAAAAACUACUUUUAAAGAAAAUGCCUAACAGGUUUUUAAUACAGUAAUCACUGUAAUUAUCACUUUCUUUUCUAGUUCCUUGGUUUUCAGCUCAGGCUGCAUUCUCUAACUCAUACUGUGAAGACAAAGGUGUUUUUGAUUCAGAAAUAUAUGGAAUCUACAUAGUCUUAAUUUGUAAAAAAUAAAAUUCCUUAACCUUU